AUGACUCCUAAAAGACCUCGAAAGGAUGGUGCCGGUGGCGAUACUAAUGUGGCUAAAAAGAAGAAAGGGUUUUCAGUUGGUCCAGCUAACCUUCCUGACGGGACCUAUCGACGAAAAAUACAAAAAAUUAAAAGCGACCUAAUCCAUAAAGCCAAGGUCAAGAAAUCGUACGCCAAAAUUAAAGAAAAUGAGCUGGCGAAGGGAUCUUCAAAGUUCAGUUAUACCAAAGAAUCAACACUAGAAAAUGAUGAUGAUGCGACACAGACAGAACCAGCGAGUUUAGAAUUGCAUCCUGAUAGACAAGCUAUGCUUGAUGCUCCCGGUGUAGGACAACGGCUUACAUCAAGUACGGAUUGUCCGCCAACGGGCGGGCUGAAUCGCCGCAAACGUCGACCAAAGCUGUCUCCGUUUAUGAAAGAGGUAGAAAUAGCAAAGAGGAGAAAAGAUGAAAUCGAAAGGAAACAAAGGAUAAGAGAAGCUAAGCAACGAGAUCGUGAGGCUAUGGCUAGGGCGAGGAGGCCAGAUCAGUUUGGGAGACGAAGACUGGGACGAGAAAGCACCGUUUUGCUGGAUAGGGUUAAGAGGAUGGUUGAAGAAUCCUAG